AUGGUUGAUGAAACCGUCCUCAUCAUGCAGGACUUUUUCGAUGGAUCAGCUGACAUCAAAACCUGCGAGCCCAAGAAAAAAUCUAAAGGUCUGGCAGGAACAAUUAAGAGAUUUUUUAGAACUCUAAUUGGCAAACAUUCAGCGAAGGUGGCUCCAUUGAUUAUUAUUGAAGAAUCAGAAACAUCUGUGAGUCACGACCAGGAGGACAUCCAGGAGGAAGACGAUGACGUGUCAGCAGAUCUUCCAGCAGACAGCGAUUCUGACACUGAGGGAUUAUCAGAAGAAGAUUAUCAGCCGGCCACAGACAUCAAAACUCUGGUCAUGGUAGACGUCGAUCCUCUGGACGUCCCGGAAACUCCAGAGCUUCAGGAAGAGGAACUUGAGGCUGUGAAGGCAUUUGUUCCUCUGGACGUCCAAGAGGAACCUGAGAUUGUAGAACCAUUUGUUCCUCUGGACGUCCAAGAGGAACCUGAGAUUGUAGAACCAUUUGUUCCUCUGGACGUCCAAGAGGAACCUGAGAUUGUGGAAGCAUUUUUUCCUCUGGACGUCCAAGAGGAACCUGAGAUUGUAGAACCAUUUGUUCCUCUGGACGUCCAAGAGGAACCUGAGAUUGUAGAACCAUUUGUUCCUCUGGACGUCCAAGAGGAACCUGAGAUUGUAGAACCAUUUGUUCCUCUGGACGUCCAAGAGGAACCUGAGAUUGUAGAACCAUUUGUUCCUCUGGACGUCCAAGAGGAACCUGAGAUUGUAGAACCAUUUGUUCCUCUGGACGUCCAAGAGGAACCUGAGAUUGUAGAACCAUUUGUUCCUCUGGACGUCCAGGCAACCCCAGAGCUAAUGGAAGAGGAACCUGAGGUGGAGAUCUCACCCCUGGAGCCUUUUGUUCCUAAGGACGUCACUGACAUGGAGAACUCGGAGCCAGAGACUCAGUCAACAGAAGAGUCACUGGACAAAGAAGGGAAGCCAAAACCGGAUAACAUCCAAUCCGGGGCGGCUUCCCUUCGUCCAGUGUUCCUGUUGACUGAGGAUCUGCUGGACAGCGAUUCAGAGCCGGAGUCCAGCUCUGAUGAAUCCACAUCUGAUGAAUCCAACCGUCAGGUGUUGGAUUCGUCAGAGCUGGACAAUGAAGAUUCCCAUGUCAGUGACGAAGAGGAACAAGAGGACCAGGGGUCAGAUCCACCUGGACUGGCGGUUCUACAGUCAGAAACUGAGUCCAUCAAGGAAAUGGAGGAAGACCAUGAAGAGAUGAAAGCAGCCGUCAGAAGCCUGGUUGGAGACGUGAUCCAGAGGAUGGUGGACAUGUCGGUUCAGAGAUCCAACACCGCCGAAUAUUAUAGUGACGUCUGUGAACGGCUGACAGAGAAACUGUGGGCCGAGAACAAAGCCAAAGUUCUGAAAAUGAGGCCGGAUCAGAUCAGGCGGCGGGCCAAGAACAUCGUCCAGGACCUGAUGAAGGAAUGCAGCAAGGUGGACAACAUCCUGUUUCUCCUGGAGGCAGGAACCCCAAUAAUGGAGAGCAACGUCCUGAUGAUCCUGGAGACGAGACUUGAGCCUCGGUGGAAAACAUUCAGCGCCAUGAAGAAGGUCAUUUUGAAUAUGUUUGGGAGAUAGGUGGUUUAUACAAGUUAUUGAUUAGUUAGG